AGUAGCAAUAAAAAAACUUUGAGUAUUUACAAAUUUAAAGUGUAACAGCGUGCAAAUAGAAUGCCAGUUGUUUUAAAUCAGCGGAUUGGGGUUUGCUCUUAAUAACCCUGCACCUUCUGAGUUACUUGAGCGUCUCUCAAGUCGUUCCAGCGUAAACACGGCUCACCAGUUCAGCGGUGCACGUAAACGGAGCUUGACGCGUAUGCAGGGAGAAAGGGAUUCUGUCAAUUUGCUGACACCGCCGAGAGAAUUUUGUGUAGUGUAGGCGCAGUCCCCUUCCGCGUUGGCGCGUACUCCAGCCCAGUUGUUGCGGCGCGGUCGGAGGCACUCAGCGGGAGGAGGAGGAGGUCCGGAGAGUCGCGCGCGCAUCCUAACAAACUAACUAACGGCUAACGGACGCGUGGAAAGGGGGAUCUGAUCUGAUCUGAUCUGAUCUUAGUUAAUCCGAAACGACUUGUGUCGCGACUUGUGUGCGUCAAGCAGAAGGUGAAAGAAAGGUCCCGUCCAGUACAAUGAGAGCCAGUUGGUCGCGAGCAAGAGAAGUCCUCUCAUGACACCCACCAGUGCAAUUCUGAUGAACGAUUCCGAGACGUCCGUGGAUUCCCUAAAGAGUGGAUCGCACGCACUGAGAAGCAUGAGAAACCCGUGGCGGUGGCCCCGGGGCACCGUUUUGGAAUACUGGACAGCGGUCUUGGUGUGCCUUGUUUGGAUUCAGUGCUCUUGCGGGAUGCCGCAUGUCAUACGGAUAGGAGGGAUUUUUGAACAAACAGAUGGUCCAGUCUCACUUGUCAGUGCAGAGGAACUGGCCUUUAAAUUUGCUGUCAAUAACAUCAACAGAAACAGGACAUUACUGCCAAACACAACAUUAACAUAUGACAUCCAGCGGAUUAAUAUCUAUGAUAGCUUUGAAGCUUCUAGAAAAGCUUGUGACCAGCUGUCUUUAGGUGUUGUGGCCAUAUUUGGACCAUCUCAUAGCUCCUCAUCAAAUGCAGUACAAUCCAUCUGCAAUGCACUGGAAGUUCCACAUAUCCAGGUGAGGUGGAAACAUCACCCCAUGGACAACAGAGACACAUUCUAUGCCAACUUGUACCCGGACUACUCCUCUCUCAGUUACGCCAUCCUGGAUUUGGUACAAUUCCUGAAGUGGAAAACAGCCACUGUGGUGUAUGAUGACAGUACUGGUUUGAUUCGACUCCAGGAGUUGAUCAUGGCCCCUUCCAGGUACAAUAUAAGGCUGAAGAUCCGGCAACUUCCUCUGGACACUACUGACACCCGGCCCUUGCUAAAGGAGAUGAAAAGAAGCAGAGAGUUCCGCAUCAUCUUUGACUGUAGCCAUAUCAUGGCCGCACAGAUUCUUAAACAAGCCCAGAUGAUGGGAAUGAUGACAGAGUACUACCAUUACAUCUUCACUACUCUGGACCUUAUGGCCAUCAAUCUAGAGCCGUACCGUUUCUGUGGUGUCAACAUUACAGGUUUUCGCAUCCUGAAUGUGGAUAAUCCUCAAGUAGCUUCUAUUGUGGAGAAAUGGUCCACAGAAAAGCAAAUCCCUCCAAAACCUGACUCUGGCCUGCUGGAAGGAAUUAUGACGACAGAUGCUGCUCUGACAUAUGAUGCGGUCCACAUUGUGUCCGUCUCCUACCAGCAUGCACCACAGAUGACAGUCAACUCACUGCAGUGUCACCGCCACAAGCCCUGGAGGUUCGGCGGGCGCUUCAUGAGCUUUAUUAAGGAGUCUCAGUGGGAUGGCCUGACCGGACGAUUGUGUUUCAACAAGACAACUGGCCUGAGGACAGAUUUUGACUUAGACAUUGUCAACCUGAAAGAGGAUGGCCUAGAAAAGGUGGGAAAGUGGAGUGCUUCAGGAGGCCUGAACAUAACAGAGCUUCCUAAGAGGAAUGGCAUGAACAUCACUGACUCACUCUCCAACCGAUCCUUGGUCAUCACAACAAUACUGGAGGAGCCAUAUGUCAUGCUUAAGAAGUCUGACAAGGCACUUGUUGGAAAUGACCGCUUCGAGGGCUUCUGCAUUGACCUGCUGAAGGAACUGGCUGGUAUUCUGGGGUUUGCUUAUGAGAUCCGUUUAGUGCCUGAUGGGAAAUAUGGCUUCCAGGAUGACAAGGGCCAGUGGAAUGGCAUCAUAAGAGAACUUAUGGAGCAUAGAGCAGAUUUGGCUGUAGCUCCCCUCACGAUCACCUUUGUGAGAGAGAAAGUGAUUGAUUUCUCUAAGCCAUUCCUGAACACGGGGAUCAGCAUCCUUUACCGUCGACCAAACAGCACCAACAGUGGGUUUUUCUCCUUCCUCAAACCCAUGACCCCUGACAUUUGGGUCUACAUCCUGCUGGCCUACCUAGGUGUUAGCUGUGUACUGUUUGUCAUUGCCAGAUUUAGUCCUUAUGAAUGGUAUGAUGCACACCCAUGCAACCCAAGUUCUGAGGUGGUGGAGAACAACUUUACACUCCUGAACAGCUUCUGGUUUGGUGUGGGCUCCCUCAUGCAGCAAGGUUCUGAGCUAAUGCCUAAAGCUCUCUCCACACGGAUUAUUGGGGGCAUCUGGUGGUUCUUCACCCUUAUAAUCAUCUCAUCCUACACAGCCAACUUGGCAGCUUUUCUAACUGUGGAGAGAAUGGAUUCUCCUAUUGACUCGGCUGAUGACCUGGCCAAACAGACAAAAAUUGAAUAUGGUGUUGUAAAAGAUGGAGCAACUAUGUCAUUUUUUAAGAAAUCAAGAGUCUCAACAUUUGAAAAGAUGUGGGCAUUCAUGAGCAGCAAACAAAGCACAUCACUUGUCAAGUCUAUUGAAGAUGGCAUCCAAAGGGUUCUGAAAUCUGACUAUGCCCUGCUAAUGGAAUCUACAACAAUAGAAUAUGUGACUCGCAAGAACUGUAAUCUAACCCAAUUUGGGGGCAUUAUUGACAGCAAGGGUUAUGGCAUUGGCACACCCAAAGGCUCACCGUACAGGGACAAAGUGACCAUAGCCAUCUUGAGCUUGCUAGAGGAUGGACGCUUGCACAUGCUGAAGGAGAAAUGGUGGAGUGGGAGCAGUUGUCAGGAAGAAGAACGCUAUGAAACAGGCCCAAUGGGCAUACAGAACCUGGGUGGCAUCUUCAUUGUGCUGGCCUCAGGCCUGGUGCUUUCUAUUUUUGUGGCCAUAGGAGAAUUUAUAUACAAACUGCGAAAAACAGCAGAACGUGAACAAGUCUUUCUGCAGUGCAGUGGUGGAAGAGAUCAAACUGUCAUUCACGUGCGAGAGAAGAGUGAAACACAAGCGGCAUCAUGCACCACUCACAGCGAAGACGGACGCCGUGAUCAACAUGCACACCUUCAACGAGCACCGUCUACCGGGAAAGGACAGCAUGAGCUGCAGCAGCGCUGCAAUGACACCCGUGUUUCCAUGACAUGCCUAGGUGAUGGUCACCUGAGGCAUAUGCCCAGUGCUGUGCCAGAGAGCAUGGACUAUGGCUCUGAAAUGAUAACGGCAUUCACCCUCAACCGCAGAGACACCCGGAACCAUACAGCCAAGCAGAAUGGUGGAGCAAGCAGCAACCCAGGUAAUGACCAUGUCCUUAAACCCAUGUAUCCCACCAUGCCAUUGAGAGAGGGAGGACGCUCUGUAUCCUUUCUCUGAGAAAGAAAGAGAACAAUGAGGCCAGUGCUAGCUAAGACCAAGUCUAAUGUUUAUGUAUGAAAAACAAACACAUGUUCACCAUCUGUUCACUGGAAAUCAAGGAAUGCCCAGUAAACCCAACCACCCCCUCCCACCAAAAUCCCACACAUACCGAGAAGAAAAGAGACAAGCAAUCUAUUGGAAUUAAUGAUUUAAGAGGGAUAAGAGGCUCCUUUGAAGUAUGGCAAUAAAAGAACUCCAAACUGACACAAGGAGUGUAGAUUUUUGUCCUGGAGAACCAUUUAUAGCACAUUAAAUUAAUUUUGAAAAUUUGUGCUCUCACUGUUUUCAUUUGAGUUUGUAAUGCACUGCGGGUCUUUGAAGCUACUCUGGAGAAAAUGAUUCUAUUGGGCUACAUUACUCGAAUGCUUUGAACUUUUUAUUUAAUUUGAAAUUGUAGAUUCACUUAUUGGUAAGAUCUGCAGUUAGUCACAGCGUGAAAAGCUCUAGCAUUCCUAAGAAGGCUACACAGAAGGUAGCCUCUUUCAUGGUUCACAAAUUGAAUGCACAAAACAAGCAGGGUUGAAUCACUCAAACUAGCAUAGCAUAUUGCCAUUUGAAUUAACAGACUUGUACCACCCUCUCCCCAGGAAAUUACAGUAUUAAAGAUUCUGAACAGCGUGCUUUGUCUUAUCACAGUGCCAAGACUAAAUUUCAUUUGUUUGUGCUGUACAUUGCUUGUGCCACCAGAUGUUUUGUACACAUUUGAUGAUAAUGAGAUGACUGAUUAACAUAAUUGCCAAAGACCAGUCCACAAAAAAAGUUAAAUAUUUAAAUACACCAUGCAUUCUAAAUAUGUAGAGAAUAAGACUGAUUCAGAGGUUUCUCAUAUGCUCAAUAUUUUAUCUUAAGGCAUAAUUGUUAAUCAUAUAAUAAUUACGUAUGAUGCAAAUUACUUGGUAACCUAAGUUUGGUAUAAUGUAGU